CUGUUCAAACUUAACUGUUUCUGCAAUUUUUCGCUUGACUAUAGAUUGUGUUUUUCAAACUCUCUUAGGGCAUUCCAAAGAUAAUAUUUAACAUCCGCAUAACAGGGUUUCAUUAAAUGAUGUGAAAUCUUGUUAAAAAUUUAACGACUGAGACCACUUGCUUUGCUUUGAAACAAUUUGCUGCGCGCUUUAUGCUCAAAACUUUUAAACUUUUCCCCCAAUCAUGACUAAUCACCUGUAUCGUUUCACAUGUGAAACUUAACACCCUUGUUUAUCUGCAAAAACAUUCUACUUAAUUACAUUCCUUCAAUUUAAGAUAAAAUUCUGCGUAGUUUUUUUCUCCCAAAAAAAUAAACUUGAUAAUAAAACAACUUCUAAUUAAAAAUCCUCAGUUGAUCUUAAAACAUCAAUGUCUUAAGAAGAAAAUCGCUGAAAAAUACAAUGUUUCGAAUAGUUUUAUACUCGUUACUUUUAACUCAACUCUUGAGUUCUUUAACUCAGGCAGCCAUUUAUCCUGAAUGUGAAAAUGUAGCAGCUGGAAUUUAUAUAGCUGUUGCCAGCAAUUGUUCCAAGGCCAUAUAUUGUAAUGGUGAGGAUUCAAGUAUAGUGGAGUGUGAUUUUAGUAGACCUUACUUUUCAAGCACUGAUCAAAAUUGCUACAGUGAAUCAAGCAUAUGUGGUGAUAGACCUUUUGGAGGAGAAAUUGAAGAUACUCCGACUACUCCAGCUAUACCUUCAACUGCCACAACUGGACUUUCUACGUUGACAUCCACUUUAACAGCACCCACUACAGUUACCGUAACCUCUACUCCAUCUACAGCAACGUUCCCAAUAUCUACUCUAGCUACCACAGUCGUAACAAUACCAACUACAAUUGUUAUCCCUACCACCUGGCCACCUCGAGUUACCACUUCCACCUCCAGCACUAGAAUCACCUCGACAUCUACCGAUCCUUCUAUCUUCUUAACUUGUCCUCCUGUAGAUGAUCCCAGUCGACCGCUAUUUUUACCUCAUCCCAAAUCAUGUUCACAAUAUUAUUUAUGUUAUCAUGGUGAAGCCACUGUAAUGCAAUGUCCUAAUAUGUUGCAUUUCGAUGUGACCCAACAGAGUUGUAAUACAGCGGAAAAGGUUAAUUGUCAGAUAAGUGCCGUUGUACCACGCGAUCAAUGUUUGCCUCAAACUGUCGAUGUUUAUCCUCAUGCUACCAAUUGCAAUUAUUAUUAUUUAUGUGAAUAUGGCUAUUUGAUGGUUAUGCAGUGUCCUUUUAAUAUGGGCUGGGAUUAUGAGACGAGAGCCUGUACUGUGAAGUCAAAAGCUAAAUGUUAUAAUGAGGCUUUAGUAAUUUAAAUUUAAACGUAAUUUUUUUGGUUGGAAAUAUAAAUGAAAUCAUUGUGUCUUCUUAAGAACUUUAGUGAAACUCUGGGCUAUUUUAUUGUACUCAAAUUGCGAAUCUUUUGUAAAAAAGGAAAACCUGGAAGUUUUAGGCCCUUGAAGACCCACAACAAGGAGAGAAACUAUUAGAAGUUUCAGAAUCAGUUUAGGAAGAAGAAUGCAAUGCAAUGCAAGAAGAAUCUAAUUAGAUUUUGGAAGAUUAUGAGAAAUAUAGAUUGAAUCUGAACUACCAGACGACUGUUAAUGAAAAAUCUAAGACAUUCAGAGUUUUAUUGUACUCCAAUUGCGAAUACUUUGGCAAAAAGGGAAACCUGGAUGUUUUAGGUCCUUGGAAAAACAAUGAGAGAAACUAUUCGAAAUUUCAGAUUCAGUUUAAGAAGAAGAAUUCAAUUAUAUUUCGGAAGAUUGUGAGAAAUAUAGAUUGUAUCUUAACUACCAGAAGUCUCUUAAUGAAAAAAGGGAAAACAUCCAGGGGAAACUGGAUGUUUUAGGUCCCUGAAGACCCUAAACAAAGAGAGAAACUAUUGGAAGUUUCAGAUUCAGUUUAAGAAAAAGAUUCUAAUAAGGUUUUUGAACAUUGUUUAGAAAGAAGAAUUCAAUUAAAUUUAAGAAGAAGAAUCCAAUUAGAUUUUUAAACACUGGUCAUAAAAAUUUAGGACUUUCAACAAUAGAACUCUUCCGGAAGAUA